AUGUUUUCGGCUACGAAAUUGAAUGUGGUUAAAUAUUCUGGUGUAAAAGCCAUCAAUUUUAACACUUCUCUAAAUCUUAGCAGAUGCUUUUCUUUUUCUUUGAAAAGGCAAGAUGAGGAAGUAGCAGAUUUGGAUACAUCUUCUAAGAAUAAAUCCUUUGUUCCUGAUGAUAGUAGUUCAUCGGUUCAGGUUCAGAUACCGACCACAGACUCGUUGAGUGCUUAUGAGAAGUCUGGAAAUGGCAUUCCUGGACUAUUAAGUAAGGAUGUGUUCAAGGACAUUUGGACAAGGCAGACAAAAACUAGACUGGAGGAUCUCAAAUAUGGAAUAUCUGAGUCCCCUAACUUAGAAGAAUUAAAUACUUUUUUCAAUACGGAAAGACAGGAGUCUGCUGCAAGAGUAAAUGCACAGAGAGGCAUGAAUCCAUUUUUAAGAACAAACAGAAAGUUUGGUGGUGGCUUUUCGGGUGCCGGAUUUGCUGAUGACUUUAGCUUGAAAUCAUCAAAUAAGGUUGCAGAUCAAUAUUACAAGCUGUUGGAAAAAACUUCAAAGUCUCAGGCGGAUGAUUUCGUGUUUCAAUCCGCUUCAAGCAUAUACAACCUCUUCUAUUUUCUUUCAUCUGUCAAAUCCAACACUAGUGACUCUAAUAAGUUUGAAAAGGAGUCAUUGAAGGGUGAUUUUCUUAAGAUGCCUGACGUAUAUGCAUCUGUCCCGAAUGCCCCUACAUCAGGAGAGCUUCUGGAUAUGAUUAAUACAUCUUUUGGCUCAUUAAAAGAAUUCCGUACACUUUUCUUGGAUUCCGCAAACUCUAUUCAUGGUAAUGGUUACACAUGGCUUGUUAGGCGAUUUAUAAAGCCCCAGAUGGGUCGUGGUUCAAAAACGAUUAAUAGAUUUUCGUCACUAGCAGUUCUAAACACCUACAACAAUGGAACACCACAUCAAUUUCGGGCCAAGCAAAUUAGUAGUGCAAGAAAGUAUCACGAGAAGAGAGGAAUGGUCGAAAAUGAAAGCAGUGCUGAUCAACUUUUCAACCUUAAUCAGAUUGACAUCCCUACAGUUGCCAAAGCCCAAGAUUCAUAUGAGUCCUUUGAAUUUGUACACGAGCCGUUGCUUUCAGUAGGUGUAAAUCCUUCGUUUUAUGUUAGAGAUUAUGGCGUUUUCGGCAAGAAGAAGUAUUUGGAAAACGUGUGGAACUGCAUUAAUUGGUCAGUUGUUGAAGAAAGAUUAGGAAAGAAUUGA